AAUUUCGAGGCAGUUACUUAUCGCUGGAAAUCAGGGUUUAUUGUGCCUCAUUGGUAUUGUGGUGGUUAAGUUUGGCAUGUUUAACCAUAUAUAAAUAAAGUUGUAGUUGCUUGAUUUAGUUAAAUGCUAUUAGUACUACUGUGGUAAGUGGUAACGGUUAAAUAUUGUGAUAUAGCUAUGCUGCGAACACUUGGCCUAGGUACAACUUGUAGUAGUACUAGCGAUUUGGAAUGAUUAGUAUAAAAUUGAAAGUGAACUUGCAUCAUUACAAUACCAAUAUAUGUUAUAACUUGAGUUGUAACAAUCACAGUUAGGCCUAUACCUCAGGGACAGAAAAAAAAAGGAAAUCAGUUUCAACUUCAAGUCAAAAUCAUGGUCAAAGGCAAGAGACAACCGAAAUCUGUAAGAAGUUCAUCUAAGGACCCACAAAACUGGUUGAAAGAUGAACCUAAAUAUACAAAAAUGGACAAAACUGCCUCCAGUUUAGGAAUUUCAAGUAUAACUCGGUAUACCAUUCAAACCAAUAAAGUAGAUGCUACAGUAUCAGAGGGAGUUGUGUUUCCAGAAGUCCCCAUUCCUGCACCAGAUGAAGCAGCUUUACCAAACGGAUCUAACGAUAAGGAACGUAAUACUCAACAAAAAGAAAUCAGAUUAGCAAGGUCCACAGAAGUCGGUGUUGUGUCAACGAGCUGUCAACUACCACAGACUCAAGAUCAGGAAAGUUCACAGAGGAUAGAAAUGAAAAAUAUUUCUCAAUCAAAACAACUUCUGGGAAAGAAACAGAAGUCCGUAGUUUUUAAUUGCUCAACAAAAGCUAAUCCAUCACCAAAAUCAAAGAAAAA